GCCUGGCCACGUAUGCAGCAGCAGCAGUAGCGGCGGCGCAGUGAAGAAAAGGGGGCCCUCUCCUCCUACUACUCCUGCUGCUUGCUCUCGACUGGCUGGCUGGAUCUCAUCUCUUCUCGCACCAUCUCUCCACCAUCACCUUCUGCGUCUCUAACACCCGGUCCCCUCCUCCUCCCUCCCCCCUUGCACCUCAACAAGGCCAUGAAGGGCCCAAACGGAACGGAGAGCAUGAAUGCGGAUAUGAUGGGCACACCUCCUCACUUGCAGACUGAACCGCCCACAGAUGACGAGCGAGACCAUGGCAAGCCGGCUCCAGCGCCAGGCAUGCUCUGGCGGGUCUCGGGCGGCAUAUUCAGCGCCACGAAGGGGGCGGUGGGCGCCACGCUAGGUGGCGUGGCCUGGCUGGGCGGCAAGGGCUACGAGGUGACCAAGACGGUGGUGACCACGGUACCAGCGGCGGGGGUCGGGCUGGUGAGGGGCAGCGUGUCGGCCGUGGCCGGUGGGGUCUCAGCCAUGGGAUCGGCCGUAAGCAGCAAAGUCCCCUUUGUGCCAAAGAAGAAAGACAAGUCCGACUGAAUAACACUGCCGCAUAGGUUUUCACAGUUGCGCUGUAUAGCUCUCCCCGAUGUGUUUUCUGGUUGAACCACGUGUUGUUCGUCUCGUGGAGUGACAAACACGUCGGACGUCAUGUCGAGCAACACGCAGUGCAACCCGAAAAAACAUCGAAGAGCCAAGUCCGACUGAGACUGGCGCGCAUGGUUAGACCGCCGGAUUACAUUACAGGGCGGAGACGAGGGGUCUGGAUCGACAUGCGAUUCACACCUUCGGCCUCCCUGUCUCUCUGCGCUCUCAUUGUACGACUCGCGCGCGUGCCUCUUGUCCCUUAUCGCUCGCCAUCUAUCCCUCCCGCUGCAAAUACAACAGUGUUUUUUUUUGUUUCUAUCGCUAUUUUUUUAUUGCGUUGUCGGCAUCUUAUGCGCAUUUUUGCCACGUUCGUGUGUUCGGUUUACUGUUGUUGCUUUUGGACAGCCGACGAUGUGCGUCUCCGCAGCCCUAAUGAAUUAAAGGUAGAGCUGCAGCCCGGUUAUUGCUUGCUCACACAACUGCUGGUAGAUGGGGCCUCUAUUAUAGGAAGCUCUCGGGAGCCGUUCCAGAGCGUGCUUUGGCCUACUCAUCCACAUUGGCCAGACAUCUAGCAAGAGGUAGGCGUACCCACAAUUGACCUCGCCACAUGUGACCUGUUGAUGGACAAAUUCAUCACAAUGCCCUAUUUCACAAUGUUCAGAAACAUUUAAAGUGAUCAGGUGCUGUUUGCAGCAGGAGCGAGGCAAGGGGGUGACUUGUUAAAGAGAGCAAGAGAUUCACGCUUGGCUUUGGGGGCUCGGGGAAAGGGGCACGUAAAAAAAUUCCUCCCAAUAACUCCCAUCUACUGUCCUGUGAAAAUAAAGCCACUUCUGGAUCCGUGAUUUGGAGUUUUAAUUAGCCCAUCGGAUGAAACAAUUUUCAGAGCUUAAUUUUUUUUACGACUUCACCUGGAGACAAUCGUGCUUCAGCCAGCAAUGUUUCAGAAUGUAAUCAUGUUUUGUCUGGUUUAUGGAAAAAAAAUGGCAGAAAUGGGAUGUGGAUAUUGUAAAGUUGCACUCCUUUCUUUGUAGAAACCUCUGUUGUUAGUUCACUUUCAAAGCUAGGGUGUCAAGAGCAAGUUUCAGACGAAUGCUUCAAAUGCAGCAAGCUGCCGUUAAACUCCUCCGGUAGCUUGGAGGAACUUUGGAACGUGCAACAUUUUUGUUCUGAUUGGCUUUUAUUGGAGCCUCAGGUCCCAAAUGUUUGUAUCCACACGGUGGCUUUAAACCUGGUCUCUUACAAUAUAGUUUCAAACAGAAAAACUGAGCCAUUUUCAUUGUAUCAGUCAGGUGUUACUAAAAACCACUAACAUUAACAGUAUGUGCAUAUUUAAAAUAAUAUUGGGAUUUAUUUACCAGUCAGGAGGACAUCACGUUGGUGUUGAAAUAUGUGGACGAUGACAUCUCAACUGCUCCUGGCGUCACCUUAUGGAUGACCUCUUUAACUCAACACUAAACUGCUGCACUGCUUUGUGUUUAGUAAAAGUAAAAGAAGCAGCUCUUUGCAUGUCACAAUUGGACAUUUUAGUCUGAAAGCUGGUUUUGGCCAAAUUGAGUUGUUUUUUGGUGGAGUGAUUUGUGAUUGAGCUGAUGUGAUAAAUUUACUGCACUUGAUAAUGAGGUUUAAUAACAGGUGGCCAAAAUCCAGAUCAGAGCUCAUCAAUUCAGCAGUUUAGCUCAUUGCUGCGACAUUUAUUAUCCUGAGUUUGCCACCCAGCUAACAUACAAUUCACGCAUAUUUACGAUACAGAAACACCGAUCUAAUGUGUCCUGAAACUCCGUUCUGAAAGACGGGUUUAGGCCAAGCUGUGGGCACAUUCUAUCGAAGGGUUUGAGGCUCCAUGGCACCUAUUGAUGUCCACAUGAUAUGUUUGAUGUGUUAAUGAGACAUUCCUAGGAGACCAUAGAGGAGCGAUGUUAUGGAACAGGUCACAGCGUUUGAAGCGUUUGUCUUGUGCUUUCUUUACGCAUGUCUGCUUAACAGUGCAUUGGGAUCGCUACAAAGAAAUAUAUUUCAUCCAGCAACACAUUUAACUGGGCAAGGAUUAUUGAGCAAAUCCUGAAACAACUGGCAUUAAACUAAUAUUUAUUUGAACACAAUGACUUCUCGGCACUACCAAAGUGUCACCAGAUCCAGUUUCCUGCAAAUGAUGCUGAAUAAGUGGCCUCUUGUUGUUCGUGCUCAACAAUCCGGCAUCGUGGUCACUUUGAGUUGGAUUGGCGCGACGGUUUCAAGUUGUAGUUCUAAGACGUUCAAAAGCAUUGAGUUUCUUUUGUCCCCCCUGAUUGCGUUGCGCACUGGUGAAUGGGCGUAAUUUCGUCUUCGACUAAAGGCUGCAUUGCACCAAGCUGCACACAGCUUCGUUUAUUUUGCAGCCUUGACAUCGCUGAGCCUUGCAUCCCCUGUGCUAUGACUCUCGCUGCACCCGCUGCUCUCGCCACGUAGUCUGUUGUCACGUGAACAGCGCUUUGAAUUUCGGGGUCGCUCACAAACUGAAAUGCAGAGGUCACGUGGUGACAAUCCAAUCUAAGUUCCGUAUGGUUUGCAUUUUCCCCCCGAGGGUUUUCUUAAAUCUUGGUUGACGAUUAUGACUUUAUUUAUUUAAGACAUUAUUGAAAUUGGUUGUUUCAUUUCAAUUACUAUGGUCUGUGUUUAACCAGGUUAGGGACCUGUUGGAAUUCACUACCGUGGCAGGUAUUGUGUGUAACCUUAAUCGAAUAAAGACUAAUUCAUUUUUGUUACAUUUAAGUUGGGGGGGGGGAGGGGGGGAUAAUUCCCAAAUGUGAAAACUUGCGACUCUCGCACCAUCCUUGUGCAAAUUGUCACAAUUUACAGCAUUUGCUUUGCAGGAGGUGGCAUGCUUUAGUAACAUACAUUAUCGGUGUCCCUGCCUCCUGUGCACCGGUGCUGAUCCUAAGGCUGUCGUAGAAAUUCCACAUUGCUCUGCCAACGGCCAGCCUGUUCGUAGGAUGACAUUGUAGUAUCAAGCACCAUUGGGAUGAUGGGUCAAAUUAACCCCCAACCAGCAUUUGAACCAAUGAGAAUUGGCUUCUGACUGCCAGUUUGAGCAUCGGGACACAGUGCCACGUGGAUAGGGGAAAAUACUGCCGCCAAUAAACAAAUGAGUGACUGCAAUUGAACCGUCCUUGUUGUGCAAGCUCCGUACGAACUGGUGCAUUGGCAUGGUAUGCCAAAUGCGGUGCCACUCAGCUGAUAAAAUUUGAUUAAACUCCCCACAACACUGUGGGUAAUUGUUUUCUAUUUUACCAAACUUCACGCUAGUCAAUGCAGAUCGGUAAAGGAGAAGACCACAUAAGCGUUACUGAUAUCACCUGCCACUGAAGUUUGCCGUGCCCGGGAAUGAGCUUUAGGGUCAAUGGAUUCAUAUAGCGUAGGUUGCUAACCACUGUAACCACUGCGCCACCCAAAUUGUGCAUCGCAAAGAGCCUCGAAUUUUUUGCCUCAAAUUGUUCUCGCUUGCCUGGCCUUUUUGGUGACAUGGGGGCUUCAAAACAUUUUACUGUGCAGCCUGCUCUAACGAAGCUUUGCCUUUUUGAAUCUAGAGUUUACACUUCAAUGAUUUAACCUUUGGCAUGUGAAAAGUUUAUAGAUGGGACUUGGCAGAAUUAAAUCCCUGUCUGUUCCACAGUUAGGGAAAUGUAUUGUGAUUAACUUUUCGUAAUAACCUGCAUUGUAAACAAUAUUGAAACGUUGAAUGAACUUGUCAUUAAAGGGAGUUGAUGUUUGCAAGUAAUCUACACUCCAGCAUUUUACCUCUUCGAGAUGAUCAUUCUGCCACCAAACAAUACAACAAAAUGACGUUAUGCAGACUCACAUCGGUUUAAUACUGUCGUUAAGUCAUAACUCUUGAAAUAUUUGCAGUUGGGAAACAAAUGACGUGGUAUACUGGCCUAUAUCUUGAGAAAUAUUUAAGCAUUCAACAAUCUCAAGCUAGAAAUUAAUCGAGUGACACGUCUGGUCUGGAAGUUCAACCCACAGGUAACCGAGUGGGUACACAGACCGAUACAUUUUUGUAGCUUUUAGCUUAAAAUUGCUGAGCCUGAAACUCUUCAGAACAAAUAUUUAAGGUUUUCCUACAAGUUAAUCAAUCUUGUCGAGUUGACCUACGCAAUUCGUUUGUACGGAACAGGCUCUAUGGAAGGCUUUCUUUGCUGGCUUUCUGCAGGCCUGUUGAAGAGCAUUACAUGAAAGGUAAAUAUUUUUGGGAACUUUCACUCGUUAUAUCCCGAUUGUGCCUUUGGCAUUUACGUGCAACAUGCAGCAUUUCCCCCCCAUUUUGAAUCCCUCUACGUAGAGAACAGAUCAACUUUUUGUUGGGGCUUUGCUUGAAAUAUUUAGAGGGCCUCUUUUCCUACCAUCGCUUACCUUUGCUUUAAUUACCAGCGCAGAUGGGUGGGUGGUUUGCCUAUUCUGAAUUAGCCCUCGGAGGCAAGCCGCUCUGAAUGUAAUGCAUCGUUCCUGUGAUGGUGUAUAUUGUGCAUAAACUAUUAACUGGGCUGUGAUCAUCACACUCGAUGUUCCUGUUCAACCAGUUAUGUCUGUGGGCUAAUGGAUUGCACGCCCAAGUUUGGACUUAAUGUGCUGGCUGAUAAUUAACUCUUGGUGUGGCCAUCAGCCGCAAGGGAAAAAAAAAAGUGCAUCUCAAGCAAGUUAUUACUAAAUGAUUACAUUUUCAAAAAAUAUAGUUCAAAAAAUAGUUUUCUAAAUAAUGUUAAGAUUAAGUUGUCAUAACUGCUCUUUUAGUAUUCGCGUAGGAAUAUUGUUUGAUUCUUCUUGAGAUGCAAAGCUGCUGCAAGGCAAGGAAAAUCAUCGUUCAAACAGAAAGGCAAAAAGUAAAGGUGCAGCCCUGCAACCCUGCAAUGUCAUGCUCACGCCGCUACUUCGAAGAAGAAUUGCCUCUACAACAUGGAGCUUUAGAGAACCCCUCUAGUGGAGCGUUGGCCUUCUCUUCCACUUUGGCCAGACGUCUUGGAAUAUGUGCGAGUACCCACACUUUACCCCAUCACACGUGAUUUGCCGAUUGACUGUUCGUGUACCCAUUCCUACUGCUGGGUUGACAGAGACGGGCUCAUUUAAGAAGCGUGCCCAUUGCUUCAGCUGCUGCACUAAGAUUGAUCCAUGGCAGCAUCGCCGUAGCAUACAAAUGCUGACUAUAUAUCAUGUGUCUUAUCACAUCUAAGGAUGUGCAGAUGGCCGUUAUGUGUGAGGAUAUGUGACCUCGUGAUUUGCAUGUUCACCGACAACUCAUGUGCAGGUGUUGGCCAUUGUGUGGCCAGUGCCAUAGCCCAAACUUGACACACAACCGGUGGCCAGACAAAUAUAGACGAUCAAUCUAGCCAACUCACAACAACAACAUCCCCCGUCGGUGAUGCACGCUAGUCGGGUACGCCCCAAGAUGUGACUGCUCUCCACCGCCGAAUCAAUGCUUUUGUUCGGCUAAGCUCGAGGUGGCGCAGAACAAAAAGCUUGCGACCGCUUUUCACGCGCCGCUCGCACUAAUGCGUAGAUUAGGAGUUCAGUGUUCUUCUUUCUGUUUUCAUCGUUAAUGUUUACGUAGCUUGCGUCGGUAAGGUCGUUGCGAUGCGCCUUGUCCGCCGGUGAGGUGUCGUUAGUAAGCUGUGAGGUUGCGUCGUACCCUCACUUGGAUGCCCCGUGUGCUUUAGGAGCCUGGGGACGUUUGCAUGGGCGACUGGGGUCGGUCGUUGCAGUUGUCCGCAGCAACGGAGUCCCCAUACUUCACCGCUCUCAUUCCCUCACCACCCUCGCCACCACAACACCGAGAACAACCAGACAGGUUUCGAUUUAAAGCUUUCGUGACUGCAGGGAUUUAUCUUCUUGGUUCUUUCGGUAAAGUCACGUAGAAGGGAAAUAAUAAAAAUAAAACGUAAAAUACAAUUCUCACGACAUUUCGGCCACAACACAAGCAGCCGUCCUCGGGUGAAGAAACAGAGCUGUCGAAAAGACAGCGCUCCAAUGAACACUGCUAAGCUUGGCAGCGUAUUUCCCUUCUACGUGACUUUACAGAAAGAACCAAGAAGAUGAACCAGAGACAGGUGUUAUCUACGAUGUCGGCUUUCCAAACCUGAUAAUACAGGUCACGAGUUGAACUUUUAGGGGGUUCUGGUUGGCUCUAUCGUAAGCGUUAUGAUUUGAUUUAGUGUUAGAAUGGAGUUAGCUUUAAUGUAAGGUUUAGGUUGAUAAAGGUUUGUGUGUCGCAGGGUAGGUUAGAGGCGUUAUUGUUGGCUAUGGCUAUAGGCAUGUGUACAAUUGAAGUUAGCUUUAUCAUUAUGGAUAGAGUUGGUGGUAUGGUUUAGGUUAUAUCUCAAGUUUAUAUUUGAGUUCACGUCAGAUCAGUAGCUGGUUGCUAUUUUUUAAGUAGAUUCGACACGAGUUGCGGUGAAGCAAAUCACUCGAGCGGUUUUACGCAAUUGGCCCCACAGAAUUACUAGCUUCAAGGUGAGGUUGGAUUUCCCAUUGUGGUUUUGACUGAACUGGGAUUGGACGGUACCACUACGACUGCUGCAAUGUGAAUGUCACCCAAGUAAAAUGGGGUUGGAGUUGGGGGACGGGUACAGAUCUCGAGACCCCUUUUGGCGGAGAGGGAAUGAGCCCAAACGGCUUGAUGGCCCCACAUGACUCGUACACAGUCCCAAGCCUCGACAAUUUAAACUGGCCAGUACUUCACAGUUCGCUGAGAAGAUUCACCACCCUUGUCACUUCCGUUUACACCACCGUGCUUCAAAGUUGACAUGCCCUAGAGUUGAUGUGUUUUCGGUUUUUAUCAAUUGACGUUUUUUUUUUUUUAAACCCAGGUGGAAUGGUGACUCGCAUCAGUUGUGCAGAUCAAUGUCAUGCCCAGGGCCAGAGCAUUGAGGUGGCAUUGCUGAGAUCUUUGGAUUUAAGGUUAUUGAAUUUUUUGCAACGUUAAACCUGGUUCUCACCAUACUGCAGAUGUACUCACCAAUACGCUGGCGCUUUUCCCUACUCAAGCAAGUGAUGGAGCCAGUGGUGGAAAUUCCGUAUUCUGAUGGCAGGGCUGAGUUACUCCAAAAAGAGUGACUUCCAACAAUGCAGUACUCGUCUUAUAGAGGGAUGAAAGGCAAACUUGAAAUCCGAUUUGAACUCUCAACUGGCAACACUCCCCACCCCUGCACCCAUUGUGAGUCAAGCGCGCCCGCCACAGUUCCCACACGGAUGUUGUUAUACAUCUGACACGUUUCGCAUUAGACGUGGCCCAGCACAGCUCUGCGGUAGACAAUUGUAAAUAUGUGUGUAAUAAAGAUGAGGGAUUCGGGGCGUUCCACGCUUCACAGGGCACGACGAAGCACCGUCUUGUGGUCGGUGGUUACAAAUGGCCCUCGCGAAGCAACGAUGCCCCAAGGCGUCUCUGUGGUGUCUCUUGUGCGCUUUUGUGACACCUUGGGUGUGAGACUCUGUACAACGUUCCCAGGAUAGUUGUAUUGUGACGUGGGCUCCGUUAACACAAUCCUUUGUCAAUUCAGUGCAGGAAAAAGGCCUCGGGCAUGCCACGGCGGUGACGGGUGUUGUUUGACGAUAGGGGGCGCUAAGGAUCCGUUCGGAUUUCCACUCACCACUGAUCUCCAUGACCGGUGAUAGAACUGAAGAUACUGGGUUCAGAAACAUUGUGCCACCGCUCCUUUUCAGGGAUACAAUUUUCUGGAAUGACAGCAGUGUGGUUACCAUUACGUCAGCAACUAUACCCUCAACUAGGAUAUUAGUGGCGACAUCGUAAUGAAACAAAGUGAUGUGAAAAGUGUAACAGCUGGCUGUAUAUUGGGCUAUGUGAGGGAGGUUUACGAAAGGUUGAGGAAAUUAAUCACAAAAGUAAACCGCAAUGUUUCAGACCGUACUUCGAAACGGAACGAAGGUUAGUCGUGUGUUGUUUGCGUUGUGAUGACGAGAUGUCGCUGGGAAGCCUGGCUCUGUGCGAUGACAGAAAAUAGAGGGGAAUAAAAGCAUACAAAUCGCUAACUGUCGUAACGUUGUGGGUUGAUGUGGGUUUUUAUCAAACCACCCUGAAAAAGUGAAGUUCUGUAGGAAAUACAAAAUGUGGAAAUGUCAUCGUUUUAAAACGCGACCUGUCCGAAUUCUGGUCAAACGCCAAUAGCAAAGUGAAUCCACGGUGGCAAUUUUUUUUCUUCCCCCUUUCAGUUUUGAAAAGAAAGUUGUUAAAACUCGACAACACAAAACUCUAACCAUAUACUGCACAACCUAUUUUUUUGGCAAAUUGAUAUGAUAGUAUUAUGUAUUUUCUACUGAUAUCUUUGAAAACUUAAUAAAAAGCUGAUACCAAG